AUGCAGCUCGGCCACAAUGGGCAAACGUUGCUCACAGUGUUAGAGAUUUUCCUCUGUUGUGGCACCAUCUUCGGCUGGCCAAACUUGCUCAAGAUCUUGAAAAAAGAAGGUUUCUACUGGACAGAGACUGGGAACAUUUCUCUCGCGAUUACAGAAGCGCCAGAAGAACCAGCCAAAGAAGAUGAGAAAAGCGCCCAAGAGAUUCAGGACGCCGCAUUUACCGCUAUUUUUACUCUUGCAACGACGUUAUUCGCCGUUGCAGCAUUUCUUGCUGGCUUUCUGAUGGACAGCUAUGGAUCGAUGAAAACUCGACUUGUCGGGCUUGUUCUUUUCCUUGCUGGGUCGAUGAUGGUCACUAUUGCAACUCCUGGCGAAAGUGAUGACUAUUUAAAAUACGGCUGGACAUCAAUCUGCUGUGCGGGUAUCUUUCUGCUCGUCACUCAAUUUCAAGUGGCCAACUACUACGAAGCUGCCCGUGGCCGAGUUCUCUGCGUUUUCAAUGGUGCAAUGGAUUCAAGCUCUUGCUCUGCGCUGCUCUUCCUGACAAUCUACAACGCUCUUGGAUAUUCCAUGACAUGGACGAUUUAUGCUGCUCUCUCCGCUCUUAUCAUUUUUAGAACCUUCUUCUUGCUUCCAAUCGACGCUAUUCCUUAUUUAUGUUCAAAGCCUGAAUCUGGAACUGAUGAAAACAAGAACAACGUAGAACUCCUGGAUGACGAAGAAAAGAGCCCCCAUUCCGAAGAGGAAAAGAAAGAAGCUGAGGAAAAUGAGAAGGAAGUUCCAGCAUUUUUUAGCUCUGAAGUUGCUCUCUCCCCGCUCUUUAUUUCAACGAUGUUGUUUUUCAUCAUUCAAGUGACGCGAGUGUACUUUUAUCUCGGUGGCAUCGCUCCUGGAACGAAAGAGCUUGUUCAACUCGAUCAAAACUGUACUCAGGAAGAAGCAGGAUCGAUUACCGGAACGAUGAUGACGAACUUUGCUAUUUUUCAAUUCGGUGGUGUUGGAUAUGCUUUUUUGAACGGCAUGGUCGUUGAUUCAACUCUCGCCAAAACUGGCGAAAAAAAUAAAGCUCUCGCCGCUGGAGUCUUUUUGACAACGAUUUUGGGAAUUUCUUUUACCGCUCUAACGCUCAUCGCAAACACAACUUUACAGUACGCCUCUUUCUUCUUAUCUGUUCUUCACCGAUCAUUUACUUUCGGAAUCAACGCUACUGUUAUCGGCCUUUCAUUCCGAAACGAGCACUUUGGAAAGCUUUACGGAACGACUCAGAUCUUCACGAUUAUCUCUGCUCAGGCUACCGACUGGCUCUUCUCAUACGCCAACGCAAACAGCUUCGUGGAAGCAAACCGAAUUCUCUUCUAUUUAGAAAUUAUCUCGCUCUUCCAUUUCUGCUUAUUUCUGUACCUCAUCCGAAAGAAUCCUAAUUAA